AUGCUUCAAGAGAACUUUGGAGAAACCAAUAUAGAACGCUAUCAUCGCUUAGAAAAAAUCGGUACAGGAACUUAUGGAGUUGUUUAUAAAGCCGUAGAUCAAGUAACCAACCAGUUUAUCGCAUUAAAAAAAGUCCUGUUCGAUACAGAACCAGAAGGAAUUCCUUCCACUGCUAUAAGGGAGAUCUGUAUACUACGAGAACUUCAAAAUCCUUAUAUAGUCAAUUUGAAAAAUGUGAUUGCUAAUGAUGAUAAGCUCUACCUGGUCUUUGAAUAUGUAGAGCAAGACCUUAAACAAUACUUGGACAGGAUUGCGAAGGACACUGAGGUAGAUAUGAAAAUAGUCAAAAGUUUCCUGUAUCAGCUUUUGCAAGCAAUUAGUUAUUUGCAUUCAAAAAGAAUUUUACAUCGAGAUUUAAAGCCUCAAAACGUCCUUAUUGACAACGCUGGACAUGUGAAAUUAGCUGAUUUUGGCCUUGCAAGGGCUUAUCAAAUCCCUUUAAGACCUUAUACUCAUGAAGUAGUAACACUGUGGUAUAGGCCACCAGAAAUCCUAUUAGGGACUUUGGAAUACUCAUCAGCUGUCGAUAUUUGGUCCUUAGGUGCAAUAUUUGUCGAAUUAAUCACCAAAACUCCAUUAUUUGCAGGAGAUUCUGAGAUUGACCAGUUAUAUAGAAUUUUCAGGACACUUGGGACUCCAAAUGAUAGAAUUUGGCCUGGAGUCUCGAAACUGAGAGACUAUAAGAAGACUUUUCCAAGCUGGCAGCCAGUAAGAUUAGCAACACUAGUGCCACAACUAGAUAGAGAUGGAGUUGAUUUACUAGAAAAAAUGCUCACUUAUGAUCCAAGCAGUCGAAUUACAGCUAAGGAAGCAUUACUGCAUCCUUAUUUUAACGAUGUCGAAGUUCCUGCAUGGUAA